AUGUCAUCUUCAAGCGAAGAAGAAGGUUCCUCCUCCACCUUGGUCGCCAUUGAUGUUGACAAGAACAGCAAACAUGCUGUAAAGUGGGCUGUUGAUCAUCUCCUGGAGAAGAACUCUCCAUGCACACUCAUUCACGUUAAAACCAAAUCCUCAAAUCGAAAUGAAUUUGAAUCUGUACCUAAACAAGCUCGCGCGCCAACGGUAGAAGAAUUGCAUCAACUUUUUCUUCCUUUUCGAGGUUUUUGCGCUCGAAAAGGAAUCGUAGCAAAGGAGUUGGUUCUGCAAGACUCUGACGUUUCGAGUGCACUUUACGAUUACAUCAUUGAUCACUCGAUCGUGGACGUUGUUCUCGGUGCUCCUCGCUGGAAUAACGCUCUUAUAAGGAAAUUUAAAGAUCUAGAUGUGCCAACAAGCUUAAUAAAAUCUCUGCCAGUAUCUUGCACAGUUCAUAUUAUAUCAAAAGGAAAAGUGCAUAGUGUUCAAGCAACAGUUCCUAUUCCAACCAUGACAAUUUCUAGUCCUAAGCCAAGUUAUUUAUCCAAAGAUUUACAUAGAACAUCGUUCGAGCCUAGGCUCGGGCGGCGCUUAAGUAACGACGGUGGAACAUUUGGACAAAACAUGGAUGCAAGACUAGGAUCAAGAUGUGUGUCCCAAAGAGAUAGUUAUCCACCAAGAAUGUCAAUAUUAGAUGAAAAUCAAGAUGUAAGUCAGAAUGGCAUGGAGAGAGAUAUAAAUAGAUUCAAACAAGAGCAAAAGUUAACAAAGAAAUGUAGGUCUGCGUCGGUUGGUAGAGAAGUCGGUUCUUCGAAACAGAAGGAAAUGCAAGAAGAAUGGAUCAGAAGAAAAGCUAGGCUUAUUGAAGAGGCUGCAUUGGAUUUAUCCGAGGCAGAGAAGCAGAAAACAAGUGCAGAAGUGGAGACUCAGAAGCGAAAACAGGAGGAAGUAGGAGAAAAUGAAGAGAGGAUAGGAACAUCAAAUGAAAAUGUAGACAGCAACUAUAUGUUUAAAACAUACGGUAUCGAAGAAAUUGAAGUUGGAACAAAUUACUUUGAUCUUCAUGGCAAAAUUGGUGAAGGUGGAUAUGGACCUGUUUUCAAAGGAGUGCUUGAUAACACUGAUGUUGCAGUUAAGGCCUUAAGACCAGACAUAACUCAAGGGGAGAAGCAAUUUCAUCAAGAGGUCCUUGUUUUAGGCUCUAUAAGACAUCCCAACAUUGUAGUACUUUUAGGUGCAUGUCCGGAAUUCGGGUGCCUCGUGUACGAGUACCUAGAGAACGGAAGCUUAGAAGAUCGGCUUUAUCAAAAAGGCAACACGCCGCCAAUUCCAUGGAGGACUAGAUUCAAAAUAGCAGCAGAGAUUGCAACAGGCCUUCUUUUCCUUCACCAAACAAAACCAGAACCUGUGGUGCAUCGCGAUCUCAAGCCAGCAAACAUUCUCCUAGACAGAAACUACAUAAGCAAGAUCACCGAUGUUGGUCUGGCGAGGCUAGUUCCUCCUUCUAUCGCCAACAAAACCACUCAAUAUCACCAGACAGCUGCAGCUGGAACAUUUUGCUAUAUCGAUCCGGAGUAUCAACAAACGGGACUAUUAGGCGUAAAGUCAGACAUAUAUUCAUUAGGAGUGAUGUUCUUACAGAUCAUUACUGGAAAGCCUCCUAUCGGCGUGGCUCGUCUCGUUGAGGAGGCCAUUGAGAACGAUAACCUUGCAGCGGUGUUAGAUCCGAAUGUGACCGAUUGGCCGGUCGAAGAGGCUUUAUCAUUUGCUAAAAUGGCAUUGAAGUGUUGUGAGAUGAGAAAAAAGGAUAGACCAGCUCUUGCUACUGCUAUUUUGCCAGAGCUUAUUAGACUCAGAGAUCUAUAA